GUGAGCGAGCUCAAUUUCAAAACUUUGGUUGAUGGUCUAGGUGCCGUCUUCUAUCAGUAUCCAUUUAAUGUCCCGGCCUACUAUGCUCUGAUUCUAAGGUCGCUUACUGUGCUUGAAGGUUUGGCACUUUACGCAGAUCCUAAUUUCAAAGUCUUAGCUGCUUCAUACCCAUAUUUUGCCAAAAGGCUUCUCACUGAUCCAAACCCGUAUCUAAGAGAUGCCCUAAUCGAGCUUCUAUUCAAAGAUGGAAAAUUUAGGUGGAAUAGACUCGAGAACCUUCUACGACAGGGAAGUAAAGAUAGAGACUUCUCAGCAAAGGAUGCUCUGCAACCAGUUUUGAAGCUAUUGCUGGAUCCAAAUGGGGAAGAGCUUCGACUGUUAGUAAUUAAAGAAGCUGUACGAGUCAGUGAAGCGAUUGCGUUGGGCACUGUUGUUGAUACAUACAAUUCCCUUCCUGAGUUUCUGCGAUCUCUUGUCUUCAAUGGAAAUGGGAAUGGCCCUCUGACAAUGAGCUCCACGGAACUUCAAAGUACGCUUGAGCUUCGGGAUCAGGUCUCUAGAAUCUGGGGCCUUCUUCGAUCUUCAGAAAGCUUUGAUCCUGCUAUUUUGCAGCCAAUAGUA